AUGAGUGUCGAAGCAAGUGUACAGAACGAGAUCAAGGAGAAGCAACUUGCUGGUUGCCCAAGUGAGAACAAGCUCAGCAUCGUCAUCACAGGUCACAGAGAUGAUGCCACAACAAAGGCUACAUUCUAUAAUUUCGUCGCCACACGCAUUGUCAACGGCGUCGAGAAGUCUUCACAGACAUCAUACCGCUAUAGCCAGCUUCUUGAAUUCAACGAAAAACUUAUCUACAACUAUGGAGCAAUUCGCCUCCUUCGCGUUUUCCCACCAAAGAAAUUCGUCGGCAACCGUGAUGGCGAUUUCGUCGUUCUCCGCCGUGAUGCUAUCCAGGAGUGGGCUACCGAACUUUGCUUAGAUGAAGAAGUUUGCGAAGAUAAGGAUGUCCUCGAAUUCUUCAAGCUUACAGAGUAA